CGCCAGCCGCCGCACCCCGUAGACACCCCGCCCCCGCCUCGGUGGUACGCUGGGAGGAAGAUGGAGGGGAGGAGGGAAUAGGAAGGCGGGAUGAGCAAUCGUGAGCAGAAAGUAGGAGCAGGAUCCCGCGGCUCGCAACGAGGAGAUUCUUAGCAGCGCGCUUGAGAGACGGGCUCCGAGGGCGUAACGUGCCGCCGACUCGUCGGACCUGUGCGACGGCGUCUCUCGUCGUCGUAAGCCGCGACUCGCCUCCUACGUGUUGUCCCGCUCAACGCCUCUUGCGGAGAUGAGGAGAGGGGCGUGAUGGCCGAACGUCAAACCCCGACUCCUUCGUACGCCCCGCAUAUCUGCCGGGGAUUUCUUUCAGCGUCUCGUCCCGAUCCGCCGCGGCUCUCGUCAAUGUCCUUCCUGCAGCGCCUGCCCGUGGAAUAGACGCUUCUGUCGACACGCAAGUGAGGCUUGAGGAAUGACAAGGGGAGCUCGUGAUCCGGAUCCCUGGCUGCUCUGAGGUGACCCCGCUGAAUAUUUCAAGACUUCACUUUAUAGCUGCCGCCGAUCCCGUGUUUGAUCAUGGAUGCGAUGCGGGGCAAUUGCUGUCGUGAAGCGGAUCUUUUUUUACACAAGAAGAGCCGGGGGGACGAGCGAGGCGUAAGAUGCAGUGUGCUACAUAUAAGGUCAAUGGAAGCCCGACAGGAAUGAAGCAUUGCGACCAUUUAUGAAGAUUUAUCAGCCCCGGGAGCCGUACGCAUAUGCGUUUUCCAGGAACAAAAGAGUUUCAGUGACUGGUGUGCUAAACCAAUUGAAUGUGCAGAUUCUCUGUGACUUCAAUUAAGACCCCAAACAAAGGAAAAGGCAGAUUUGGGGGAUGGAUGAACCCAACAGUUCCUCUGCUGACGUAAGGAGAAACUUCAUCUCCUUCCGUGCAAGUUUUUUGUCUCAGUCGGAUUCUUCCGCAUCCCAACACGCUGAUAAACUGUCACUAGUUCACUUCCCUGUUUCCGUUUUCAUACAUCUACCUUGUGUCAACUGAAGCCUGACCCCAUGAGCGAAGGCGGCGCCCUGCAGCAACGCACCACCUACCUCAUCUCCCUAACCUUGGUCAAGGUAGAGGCAGUGGAGGAGAAUGGAGGGGAGGUCCAGAGCAGCACCCCGGGCAGGGAGGCCACGGCGAGAUCGAGGUCCCAGUCAGAGGAGAGCCGGGCAGAAAAGGCCGGGGUCAAGGUGGAGACUGAAGCACAGAGUGGACCUGGAGAAACCCAGGCCCGACCACUGGGGACCGAUGCUCCUGUUUUCAUGGUCCAAGAUGAAGGCAUGAAACCGCAGAGCACCUUGACAGAUGAACCCGCCUGCGCUGUUGAUGCCCCCAGAACUAGCAGUGAGAAAGGACUGUGCAAACCUUCUAUCCCUUUACAGCCAGAGAGCGCAGACACAGACUUAACUCCAGCAGAGAAAAUACAUCGCACCCCUGAAGCAAAGCAAUCCCGGCCUCCCUUUUACACCAGUACACCCCCGACAGAGGUGGGCGAACCCGCCCGUACCCCGACCAGAACCAGCCUGCCUAUUCGCCCUGUAGGCCAGAGGCCGAUGAGUCUGCUCAAAUCUCACAGCAGCGUGGCCCCUCGCGGCCGCGACUGCAGGGAGGGUCGGGAGCGGAGCCCUACCUCAGCCCAGAGUCUCGAUCGCAAGGACUGCCGAACGACCACGCGCUCUCCGGGCCCUUGCCGGGCCUCGUGGGCCGAGGCCGGCGGGACCGAAGCGUGGCGGGACCUGCGGGAUGAGGUCCGAGCUGGGACGGAGCUGGAGAUUGGAGGCAGGGUGGCCGCGAUGCUCAGAGACAUGCCUCGCAAGGAUAGACUGAAGUCGGGUUCGACCUCCCUACCCGCACAGGCUACCCAAGCGAGCAAACCUCCACGCAAGGGGAAGAGUCGCACGCUGGACAACAGCGACCUGAACAGCCUCUCUGAAGACUUGGUGCGGAGCGGCGAGGCCCAGCAGGGCCAGCGCGGCGCCUCAAAAGAUAGGAAGAUGCUGAAAUUCAUCAGCGGCAUUUUCACCAAGAGCAAUUCAAGUGUGGCGGGGUCGUCGACAUCGGCCGCUCCCGUCUUCAUUCAGAGGGAUUCCAGUGAGGAGGAAGUAAACAUCGCCAACAGCCAGGAAUGGAGCCUGAGCAGAUCCAUCCCGGAGCUGAGACUGGGCAUUCUGGGAAGUGUCAAAAGCGGCAAGUCGGCCCUGGUGACCAAAUACAUCACAGGCGCUUACGUUGCGCUUGAGAAACCUGAUGGUGGCAGGUAUAAAAAGGAGGUGCUGGUGGACGGACAGAGUUAUUUAUUGCUGAUCCGAGAGGAAGCCGGGCCACCCGAUGCGCAGUUCAGCAGCUGGGUGGAUGCAGUGAUUCUGGUGUUCAGUCUGGAAAACGAAGACAGCUUCCAGGAGCUCUACCGACUGUACGGCCAGCUCGGCUCGCGGCGCGCGGACGUCCCCGUCGUCGUCGUCGGCACGGAAGAUAAAAUCAGCAGCACCAACCCGCGCGUGAUUGAGGACCAAAGAGCUCGCCAGCUGUGCGUCGACGUGCGUCACUCGCUCUUCUACGAGACCUGCGCCACCUACGGCUUCAACGUCGAUCGAGUGUUCUCGGAGGCCGCCCAGAAAAUUGUCGCCCAGAAGAAGCAGGUGGCACUACAGGCCUGCAAGUCUCUCCCAAACUCUCCGAGUCACUCCGGAGGCUCCACGCCAGGGUCUGCCUCCUUCCCUGGCCAGGUUAGUAACGGCGUGAGCGCCGGCUACGCCUGCUCCCUGCCCUCCACCCCCGUGCUCGCCCACAGGGAGCUGAGGGCGGCCCAGGGGGAGGGCGGCGGCAGCUCCCGUUCCCUGAAGAGCAUCCCCCGAAGACCCUCGCUCUUCAAGAAUCGGGACUCGGAGAAGAGAGUCGCUGACGCCAAAGGAGACGCGAGCGGCACUCGGGCGGUUCCGAUCAAACAGAGCAUCCUGUGGAAGAGAAGUGGCAGCUCUCUGAACAAGGAGUGGAAGAAGAAAUACGUCACCCUGUCCAGAAAUGGAACACUGUGCUACCACUCCAGCUCCAGCGACUACAUGCAGAAUCUGCACGGGAAGGAGAUCGACCUUCUUCGCGUGACAGUGAAGGUUCCUGGCAAACGUCCUCCGAGAGCCGUCGCACCUGCGGGCCCCACGCUUGCGCCACCCGCCCCCUCUGAAGUCGACGGGCUCAGUAAGGAGCCGGCAGCUGCGGAGAGCACGGUUCCUCAGUUGUGCCCUGCCACCCUCUCUGUGCUCGACGACCGUUCUGCCGGAGGAGAGCGAGGCCUUCAGCGCUGCACCUCGUCUUUGUCCACCAAAGCACAAAGUGUCGAUGCCCUCGAAGGGGUGUCCGGACCGUUUUCUGGUAAAGAUGCUGGCCAAUCAUCUCCCAUGAGUGACCGCAAGAAGAAUAGGAGGAAGAAGAGCAUGAAUCAGAAAGGAGACACAGCCGUCGGGCAGGCUGAAGCCAAGCGCAAAAUGUGGAAGCUAAAGAGCUUUGGUAGCUUGAGAAACAUUAACAAGACAGAUGAAGAAAACGCCGACUUUAUCAUCGUGUCGUUUACCGGACAGACGUGGCACUUUGAGGCUCCCAGUCUGGAGGAGAGAGACUCGUGGGUGUCGGCCAUUGAGAGUCAGAUCUUGGCCAGCCUGCAGUCGUGUGAGAGCGGCAGAAACAAGGCGCGGCGCAGCAGCCAGAGCGAGGCGGUGGCGCUGCAGGCCAUUCGUAACACCAAAGGCAACAAUCUGUGUGUGGACUGUGAAGCACCAAACCCCACUUGGGCCAGUCUCAACCUGGGUGCGCUGAUCUGCAUCGAGUGUUCGGGAAUCCAUCGGAACCUGGGCACUCACCUGUCUCGGGUGCGCUCGCUGGACCUGGACGACUGGCCCGGGGAGCUGACGCAAGUGCUGUCCGCCAUCGGGAACCACACGGCCAACAGCAUCUGGGAGGGCCGCACUCUGGGCAGGGCCAAGCCCACGCCCGCGGCUUCACGCGAAGAGAGAGAGUCGUGGAUUCGGGCGAAGUACGAACAACGGGCAUUUGUGCCGCCCCUCCAGCCGCGUGCGGACGACAGCCUGCCGGCGCGGAUGCUGUCGGCGGUGACCGAGCGAGACCUGGCGCGGCUCCUGCUCCUGCUCGCCCACAGCAGCAAGGAGCUCAUCAACGCGCCGCUGCUCGCCGCCGGCGCGGCCCCGCACGCCGGCACGGCCCUGCACGCCGCCUGCCUGCUGGGCGACGUGGUAAUGACCCAACUCCUCAUCUGGUACGGAAUCGACGUGAAAGCGAGGGACCGCCAGGGCCAGACGGCCAUGAUGAUGGCGAGAAAAGGCGGGAACAAAGGCUGCGUUGCUAUUUUGCUCCAACACGGCUGCUCCAAUGAGACUUCGCCCGCCGUCGCCACACCCGUCCUCUCCCGCCGCUCCAGCACCACCAGCCUGGGCCGCAGCAGCUCCAGGAAGCACGUCCCGUAGCCCGCCGUCCCGUAGCCCAGCCGCGUGGCCGCGCAAGCUGCUGUGAAACUUUCAACAAACUCGAGUGGCUCGUAAGAGAGAACAUUGCUAUCGCAUUAAGCAGAGGUGGGGACUGCGGUCACAUGACUUGACUCGAGUCAGACUUAAGUCGCUCAUUUUAGGACGUCAUACUUUCUUGGGUGGUAUCCCUGAGACUCUCCUGUCUUACGCCUGGUACAUACAUACAGUAAAGACAGUCAGGCUGUUUUGGUCCCGAUUUUUCCCCUUCCUCUCCUCUACGAUGAUUCUAUAAGAGGAUCCUGUGGUCUGAGGUAAGGUUAAGUGUGAUUUUGUUCCAGUAAGACAACAAUCUUAAAUAUUGAACAUGCGCAAUAUUUCCAACCAAAACAUUUGGUGUGUGUAAAGACCACUUGUCCCGAGUUACCACUCUGUGAAUUGUGACUUGAAACUGAAUGUAGCCAAUCAAUAAGUGACCUGACUGACGAACAAGUAAGCGUCCGUAAAUCAAAACAAACCCUUUUCAACACCGCUUAUCCUGGUUAGGGUCGCGGGGGGCUGGAGCCUAUCCCAGCUGACUUUGGGCGAAAGGCGGACUACGCCCUGAACUGGUCGCCAGUCAGUCGCAGGGCACAUAUAGACACGGACAACCAUUCGCACUCACAUUCACACCGUCACUGAGUGGGAAGUGAACCCACGCCGCCCGCACCAAAGUCAGGGGCGUGUACCACUACAUCAGGGGUGUCAAACCCAUUUUUGUCUUGGGCCGCAUUGUAGUUAUGAUUUCCCUCAGAAGGCCAUUAGCACAGUGAAACCAUAUAAAUGUUUAAUCACCAAAUCAUAUUAUUUCCAUUCCACAACAAAUUGAGGGAUAACUAGUUUUGAAAUCAGAAGACAAUGAUAAUAGUUUGUUCAAGUUACUGUAGAAGAAGGGUUUGGGAACAGAAAAAUGCAAUAUCUCAACAUUAUUGUUUAUUAUUAUGACAAUUUGGAAUUUGGGUACAGAUUUGAACAAAAAUCACUGAAGUUGACGGGCAUGAUUUGUUUUCGCGGGCUCGAUAAAAUGAUUUGGGGCCCGGGCCUUGAGUUUGACACCUAUCCACCACACCAUCAGUGACGAACAUGUCCUACCUAGACUUUACACCCAUUUUAUCGGGCUGUUCGGUAUCGGCCGAUAUUUAGCAUUUUAUGCUGAUCGGCUUUAAUGUCAUAAUUCGCCGAUCCGAUCAACGAUGUCAUUGAUCGGCUACGCAAAAGACAUUUACUCCGCGUCGCCAUCGUGCACACUAUAGUUGAAUCCAAAAGCUAGUUUAUUUUUAGCCUUGUCACGCGUCUUUUGACGUAGUAUUGGGAAUAUCUGACGGCCAAUAAAGUUAUUUUAAAAAAAGAAAGAAAAAAAACAUGUCGGCGGUGUGGAACAGACACCACGUCUGAGACAGACAACACGUAAUGCCCGGAUCAGACUACAAGACAAAUUUGCUCUUUCAGGAUUGCACUAUGUCAGACUACUGCAAUAAAAUAUUGUAUUUCGAUACCACCGCAUCCCGUUUUUUACGAUCAUUGGGCUUUAUCUUGUCAAGUCAAAUGCGACCGGAUACACUCGUUACUGUGGCGACGACAACACAAGUGGAGCGCGCCGACUUUGUAUUUUAAGGACAAAAUGGGGAAAAACGUAUGUUGGUGGUCACCGGUGCCCAGGACAGGAGAGGACGUUUGUUUAAGGCUCGCUUGAUGUAUGUUCACGUACUUUGAAUACGAUACGGCUCGCGAGCAGGCACAAAACGAUAUGUAGCCUAGCAAGCUAGCGGUACCACGAACGGUUGGACGUAAACAUGCCGCCGUUCUGUCGAAUCAUGCUCUAAAGUUUCGGUGUGGGUGAAGUCAUUUAAUUAAAAAUAAAGUAAUUUAAUUACAGUAAGUUAGCACCCAUUAUUUAUGUCAUGUUGUAAUGUUGGGUUGACCUGACUGGUUAGAAUACACGAUCUGACGAGCGCAGUGAUUUUCAACCUUUAUGGAGCCAAGGAACAUAUUUUACACUUGGAAAAUCUCUCGGCACACCAACAAACAAAAAUGUCACGAAAAGUAGAUGGACAGUAAUUACCGUAUGUACUUCCUGCCAUCGAAUAGAAGACCAUUUAUCAUUUGUUCUGUCUGUCACUCUGCCUCGCUGGCAUAAAUAGAGGAUUAUUUAUUGUAAAUAUAAUCUUUUGAGCAAUUAAGUACACGGGUAUAUACAGUAAAUGAACAGGUCAUUUAAAUAGACAGAUUCCUCCAUCUUGUGAUCGGCUCGGUGAUCGGUUAUCCUUUUUUUCAACUCGGUGAUCGAUGAUCGGCCCCAAAAGUCUUGAUCGUGUAAAGCCUAGUCCUCCGCGGUAAUUUUUUUGUAUAACCAGAUGUCAAAUAGUAUUUUCCAAAGUCUUUUUACUGAUAACAUCGCCAUUCUACAACACUCCCACCUGCGGUCCCUUCAGAAACCCUUGGGAAACAUCAGGGCAACAUAUCAGAAGUCUCUCUCUUUUGGUUUUGUAAGAUGAUUUGUGUGAUCACGCAACGAUUCUGUCUUGGAGGACUGGUUCAACAUCGGUUGUGGAACUGAAUCUUUGCGUGUGGUGUUCUCUUUUGGAAUUAUCGGAGCACACCACACACAGUACCACCAAAACUGUUAAAUGCCUGAUUUUUAUCUUUAUGUGUGAGGUCUGUGACAGAUAAACAAUCUUUUAAUAUUUGAUAAAUCCUUACGUGAGUACCAGGCUUAAACUUAAACGAAAUGACUUGACAAGUCUUCGUGUAUACAUUUGAAAAUCUACAUCUUAAAGACAGUUGUCUGUUUUGCUCUUAAAAGAACAAGAAUAUAUACAUACACACACACACACACACACAGUAUAUAUAUAAGUGUGUGUGUGUGUGUAUAUAUAUAUAUAUAUAUAUAUAGAGAGAGAGAGAGAGAGAGAGAGAGAGAGAGAGAGAGAGAGAGAGAGAGAGAGAGAGAGAGAGAGAGAGGUCACUGAUGGUGUAGUGGUACACUCGCCUGACUGGUGCAGGCAGCGUGGGUUCAGUUCCCACUCAGUGAUGGUGUGAAUGUGAGUGUGAUAUAUAUACACAUUACAACAAAAACAUUAUUUAGUGUGUAAUGCGCAAGCCACCAGAACGCUAAAAUGAGGCCACCUAAUGAAGCAAGUAUGGUUUCGGUAAAAUCAGGAAAAAAGAGAACGGCAACAUGCAAGGUUUGCAACUCAUUUAUAAGAGACACUACUACAAUAGCAUCCUGCAUUAUAAAACCCCCAAAGACAGGUAAACUAGCGUAAUUUCUCAUUUAUAAUGCGCUUUCCCCCCCAAAAAAACUGUCAAAGUCAAUAAUGCGCAUUAUACAUAGGUAUAGGGGAAAAUGAAGAAGACUUUCCCAUUUUAUAAAUGUAUGCCGCUAUCUAGAGGUUAUGAAAAAGCUGUACACUUUCAUUCCAAUAUGCCACCGCCCCCUAGAGGUUAUGAGAAAGGUGUACACGUUCAUUCUAAUAUGCCAGUGCCACCUAGAGUCUAUGAAAAAGGUGAAGCCUACACUUUCAUUCCAAUAUGACAGGGGUAGAUGUGACUGCAUAUAUGUACAAUUGUUUUCAUACCCAGGCAGAAUUUGUGAAAUAUCUGUUUUGUUUUUUUAAAUACGACUGAUGACUGAACAACAACCAUCAUUCAUUUCUUUAUGGUUAUGUUUUGUUUAAUGAUAAUGCUUUUCUGAAAUGCUUGACCGUUUAAUUUGAAUCCCAUUAAAAUAAAAUGAAAUGUAUUUGGCCUGGCCCUUCAUGUUUUCUUUAAAGAAUUGUACCCAUCUUACAAAUUCUGCCUGGGUAAUCAAACAUCUAAGCACAACUGUGUUUUCUCGUUUACUAAAUAAAGUAGUGCUGUGAAUUUCAAAAUAAGAGCAGGUAAAUAAAAAUAAAGUGGGUGUUUUAAUAAAGUGCUUAUCUUCAGAAUAAUUAUUUGAAAAAACUAACCAAAUACAGAUAACACUUAAUGUUUUGAUGAUAUGGGUAGAAGCAAAAUCAUGCAUUGUAAAAAUGCAUUACACAUAGGUAGAGGGGUUUUCCAGAAUUUUGUGGUCUACUUUGGGGGUGCGUAUUAUACCUGAGAAAUUACGGUACGUUAACUUCACUGUUUAGCUUACUGAUUUAAUAACUUCAUGUCAGUUAUUUGUUCAGUUGACAAGACAAUAAAGUAACACGCAAUACAAACUGGUUUCGGAACAAUUAAAGACCUGUGAUUGUGAAUGUGUUAGUACAGCUACAGUAUGAUUCUCUGGGACUCAAACAACAUUCAAAGGCACACACACUCACACAACCCCCCAACUCCCAUCCAAGCACUGACUCACGCAUACCUUCCUGAGACGUGUGUAGCAGCAAAUAGAUAAUAUAAAAAUCAAUAAUUAAUUUAAAACUUGAGCUAAGGUUAAAACUGUGCCUAGAUGCAGUAGUGCAGUUCAACAGCUUGUCGAGGGAAAGUGUUGAUCAUUAUGGUGGCCCUACUUUUGAUGCUCCGGAAACGUUCUCCUGAUGGCAGCAGCUCAAAAAGAUUGUGCAGAGAGGGUGAGGCGUCCCAGAAAAUGGAGAGUGCUCUGCUCCUACAGCUUGAGUUAAGCCAAGUCAAGACUUGACUCGACUUGCUUGAAAUCUAGUGGGGACUCCACUUGACUUUCGCCACAGUAACUUGGGACUUGACAGUUGAAGGCAAAUGUUAUAUUCACAACUUGCGACGAUCAUUUUCUUCUUCAUUGUUGUGCUCCACCACUCCAGCAUGUUGUGUGUAUUCCAAAUGCUGAUUGGCUGUCGCGAGUCGACGCAGUGGCACACAAAUUUAUGUCUUGAGUUAGAAUUUACCAACUCGAGCGAAUCGGCGAAGAAGCAAAUUUUCCCCAAAUGCAACGUUUGCGUCGUCUUGCUUGAAUUUGCGCCUAUUCGCAAAUUUGCUUUGACUUUAUAUGUAAUCACGUCACGCCAGCAGUGAAAUUUGCGUUUGGUAUGAUUGCAGCAUGACCCUUGAGACUUACUUAUGACUUGCACAUAUGUGACGUCCUCCCACCGUUGACAUGAUGUCAAACGAAGUGUGUCUUAAGACUGAGCAACAUAUCAAACCACUUGAAGCAAUAUUGAUUCCUUGUGUUGAUGGCAGUCGUCGUCUUCAUCGAACUCAUCCCUGAUGAGUUCCGUAGACUCUUCGUAGCCGACGAUUUGCUUGUGUUAGACAUCCUCCAGAACAAGUGCAAUAAUUUGGCUCGUGCCGAGGAGAGGAUCCGUUCAUCUGUUCAUGUCUGCUGAAGAAGUGUUUCUACUUUUUUCUUAGCAAAUAAGACAUAAAGCUACAAUAUGUCUGCCUGUCGCGUGUCUGCUGCCUCCCUAUGACGGUGGCCUUGGCCUUAAGAAGCACUCGGGGUCAGCUGGUUUAAGUAGUUCUAGAAGAUGGACUACUUUGUAACAUAAGAUAUGUCAAUGUAUGUUUCUGUUACUGGUCAAAGGUAAGGUGUUUAAAUAUACAAUACAUGAAUCUACACACUGUAUUCACUGUAACAAAGACCCAAUAGAAACCGAGCAGGCAGUUUUGUAAAUUAUUUCUUAAAUGCUGUUUUUAAAAGCAUCUGUUCACUUGUUUUUUUUUCAUUGUCUUUUGAUAAUUUCAUGACAACAUACAGGUUAUGGACUGAAAUAUCAUUCGGGACAUCCAAAAAUGACUGAGGAUGAGGAGAAGCCAUUCCAUGAUUGAGAUCCACUUCCUGUUGUGUAGGUCUACCCCAUGAGUUCUUACAGUGACGAAUGAACCAUUGUUAUUUCGGACACUUUGUGGUCAUGCGAAUCCCCCGUGAGCCACCACAAAUAGUUAACAGAAUUAAAUAAACUUUUUUUUUUAAA